AUGGGCCGACUGGCCAGGCAGCUGAUACCAUCUCAGGGUUCAAUAACUCACGCUUGCCCUAUCAACACAGGUGUUAACAACCCUCAGGGCCUCGAUUCCAAUGGGUUUGAACGCACAUCCGAGCAUGGGCAAUUCUUCACACGGAGCAACAGGCUGAUCGUCUCGACUAGCACUGUGUUACCUCCCUUACAACCUACCCUUUGCAGAAUCAUCUGUCCUGUCCAAGGCGGCCGCAGCGAAGGCGAAGAUACCACUCGAGGAGCGCUGUUCGAGUCUCGAGACGGAGGCGGUGCUGUGGGAGUAGACGAUUAUAUGACUCUUCUAGCCCUCCAAUUCCACGUUCUAUUUCCAAAUGGUGCAACGGCUAGAGGAUUCUGGGAAAGCCUUAGACCGCCUUAUACCCAAGCGACAGCGGCAGCAAACUAUGCAUAUCCCGCCAAUCCCAGUUCUACCGUCGAAACUGAUAUUAUACAAUACCCGAGACCGAGCCGUAGCCCCGAAUAA